GGAAGCUUAGAAUCAAUCAUCUGUAAAAAUUACUCUAAAUAUUUGAAAUGCAUUUCUUUUGUGGUUGCUAUAAAAGAAAAUGUUUUUAAUGCAGUAUAAUCAGUAACCAUUCAGCUUCGUAAAACAUGAUCUCCAAGUGCAUUUUCGUUCUUGUCGCCAGCAUCAUCUCCAUGACGUAUGCUCAUGGUCAUUUCCCAGUGGAAGAGCACCACGCUCCCAAGCCUUACAAAUUUGGAUACAGCAUUAAAGACAAGCAUGGUGAACAACACAGGGAAGAAUCCGGAACAGGAGGGCACGUGACUGGUAGCUACGGAUUCACCGACGCUCGAGGUGUUAAAAGACAAGUGAACUACGUUGCUGACAAAGCCGGAUUCAGAGCCCAAGUCAAGACUAACGAACCCGGAACCGCAAACCAAAACCCAGCCGCAAUACUCUUAGUCUCCGAUGCUCCUUACACCGGUGGUGAGGGAUACUUGGGUGCGCCUGCAGCAGCUGCUGGAUAUGGAGGUUUAGGAUAUGGUGGUGGAUAUGGAGGAGCUUAUGGAGGCCUUGGUUAUGGUGGAGCUUAUGGAGGUCUUGGUUAUGGUGGAGCUUAUGGAGAUCUUGGUUAUGGUGGAGCUUAUGGAGGACUCGGUUUAGGAAUUUUAGGUGGUUUGGGAUAUGCUAGAUAUGGAUAUUAACUAAAUUAGAGUUUUAUUGAAAUAAUUUUAAUAAUUUGUUUGUAAAUAUUUUGUUCCACUACAAUAACAAAUUGUGCCUCUUCUGAAAAUUUAGUUUUUACUGUCUUGCAUUAUCUUACAUUAUCAUUGACUUGCAUUAUGUUUGUGAUUUUUCUCUAAUUCUAGAACAGAGCUUCCUGCCUUCUUCAUUUUCGUCUCUUUUUUUAAAUAUUGCGUUACAUUACUUUAUUUAUAUGCUUUAACCCUUUGCAUGUUUUACUUAUUUGGGUGUUGUAUUUUCUUUUCAAAAUCUGUUUCUAUAUUGCAUUCAUUUCUAAUUCCAUGGAAUUAAAUUACUUAAGAUUACCCUUGUUUUUCUAUUUAUUUUCGUUACGUUCGUUUAUUAUGUUAUUUUGCAUGUAUUUACUCUUUGACUGUUCUUUUUUUUCUCUUUGAAUUAUUUGAAUGCUUUUAUUUUUUUCUUAUUUUUCAUUUUUUUUUUUUUUAUAUCUUCGAUAUUUAAUACUAUUCCAUGCACAAUUUUAUUUCCUACCUUCAUUUUUGCGAUGUAUAUUUUUGGUGAUAUCUGGUUUUCUUACUUUUAAAUAUGUUCUUCAAUAAAAUGUUUAUUUUUUUCUGCAAGCAGUACUUAUAUCUUUUACUUGUCUUAAGCUUCUUUAGUCUUUCCGCUCUUCUAUGCAUGCCAAGAAUUGUCCUAUUUUCAACCAUAUUUUUAGACUUUCUAGUAUUUUUUAAUAUUUCAUUCUUUUGCAUGUAUUUGUGGAAUAUUGUAGCCAUUUCCCAUUUUUUUUCUCAUGUCAUUUCAAUUUUUCUUUGCAAAGAUGCUUAUUACAAUUUAUAACGUUUUCUCCUGUUAUCUCUCUCUGCAAGAUAGUAAAUCCGUUAUCAUGUUGUGUUAAAUUACUUUGUUAUUCUUAGCUAUAAGUUGCAUUUGCUUCAAAUUCAGUUUUGUAUAUCUUUAAAUAUGUACCAGCUCAAUUGCCUUUCAUGUAUUUUAAUUCACAAUGCUUUAAAUAUUUCCCAUUUUAUGUACGUUAUGUGCAAUGUGUCUAUAAAUGUUUGUAAAUUUGAAUAAAAGAACAACCAGACAAUUGAAAAACUUUA